UGAGAGGUCUGCUCCACACAAUCCACAUACUCCUCCUCCCCUUUAGGGGUGGGCUUUGUUUCCGAGAACAGGCGGAGCCCACCAUGGCUGGGACUUUCAACCUGGGCAUUUUUUCAUUUAUUCACCAGAGAGGAGCUCAAAUCAUCCCCGGUGACGUCACUGGGUGGGCAGGGCCUCGGUAGGGGAAGUGACGUCAGGUCGGCAGAAUGGUGGUCGGCGCCUUUCCCAUUGCGAAGUUGGCGAUGCUGGGGGUGCGGCAGAUUAGCCGGCCGCUGGCCAACAGCAUCAAGGCCAACGCCCGCCGGAGCCAGUUCUUCAAGACUUACAUCUGCCAGCCGCCGGCACAGGCCUAUCACUGGUUCGAGAUGAAGAUGAAGAUGAGGAUGAUGGGGUUUAAAGGUGCCCAAGUGCAGCGCUUGAACGAGGACACAGCGGCAGAGCUGGGUUCCGAGCUGCUGGGAGAGGCCAUCGUCUUUCUAAUCGGUGGUGCCUGCAUCUUGGCUGAGUACAUGAGGCAGUCGUCGAACAGCGCCAAGAAGGAGGAGGAGCUACAAUGCACACUGAGGGGCUUGGAGCAGCAGGUGGCACACCUCGCAUUGACAGUCGAGGAACUGGAUGCGCGCAUUCGCGAAAACAAUCGACUUGUUUUGUCACUUCCUGCCAACCCCACAAAGUGAUCUUUGGACCCGAGGGGAAAAAACCCAUUGAAGGGCCCAGAGGCGGACUGCCUCAUGGGUUACAAAGCCAAGUGACACGUGUAAGUUAGGGUGAAGGAUUGCUGCCCCAAAGGUGUGAUUUGCCUUAUAAAUGCGUGGUCACACCUUGACAAAGUCCCGCUUGAACAUGUGUGCUUGCGCCCUGUACCUGAACAUAUCUUGCCUCUGCGGUCGCAGGUGGGGAGAGUAGUAUGUCUUGACAUGUGCUUUGGCGUCCCGUAACAUUUUGCCGAUCAUGUGGAGUCUAAUUGUUGCGCUUGUUUUAAAACUUUUCUCAGCUGAGCCACUGUUAAGAUGUCGGAGGCACCACGCUGCUCCAGCUGCUGGUGUUCCACUGAACCCGGAUAAGCAGAACUCGUUUCGCCACUGAGAGAACCACGUGCCUUUGGGAAUCUUUGUCCAACAUCAGAGGAUGCUGCCACACUGCUCGUCUCUUCCCCUCCUCCAGCCCUCAGGCACAAAAGAAAAACUCAACAUUCUCUUGAAUGGGAUUUUCUUGGUUUUUUUGGUGCUAAUGGACAUCUCUGGUGCCAACAUCAGACUAGAACGUUUGCGACAGUCUGCUGUUUCCAUGGCCUCUGAUCUCUUUGCACUGCAAAACAUCUCCGCAGGAAGGAACCGUUGUGGUUGAUCAAGGCGACUGAGCAAUGCCCCUCUUUCUCGAGGGAAAUCACAAUUAAUAUACAAUAAAUGCUGGCAUCAUAAACACCAGAAUUAAACCUUUUGGACACUACCCUCUUUCCGUUGGCUGUAUUUUUAUUUAUUGUUUUUUUCCAGGAUCUGUUAUUACCGCUGAGGUCGAGGUUUAUACCUGUCCUCAAUUACAGGAACAUGGAAUAAAGUACAGUACCAGCCCUUCAGUCCAUGGUGUUAGUCAGACUUUUAACCUACUCUAAAAUCAAUCUAACCCACAGAACGCUCCACCUUUCUAUCAUUCAUGUGGCUAUCUACUCGCUGCCCGUUACGCCGCUGGUGUCUAGGGCAGCAAUGAAGGUCAUCCAUCUCUGUCUGUCCUUGGCCACAGUGCUUCCUUCAACAUGCCAGUAGAUUCCUCCCAGUUUUUACCACUGUCAGCCAUGCAAGCCCUCAAGUAUACCGUCACACUCAGAUGUAGAAGGAUUCUUCAUUGCUGUUUCUGUAACAGUUUUGUUUGACCAGUCAGGGUUGUUAGCCCUGAGCUGAACCCCCAAACCUGGAGGGCCAGUGGACCCCUCAGUCUGGCUUCUAUCCCUGACCUGUCUGGCAUGGGUGACCCUACUGACAGCCAAAGCAUAAAGCCCUGACUCCAGCAGCACAGCUCUCCGAUUUAUUAAGGCUCAAACCAUCACAAGGUUCUGGUCCUUUUGGAGGCUCUGCUGAUGUAAGAGACUCUUAAAUGUCCCUAAUGUAUCUGCCUCUACCACAAUACUGGCAGCACGAACCACCCACCCACUACUCUGUGUGUAAAUUGUCCUGUGAUUAAUUUAGGAUUAAAUUGGGGGAUUGCUGGACAGUGGCUCGAAGGGCCAGAAGAACCUAUUCUGUGCUGUAGCUCAGUAAAAUAAAAUAAUCUCUGAUAUGCCUUUAUAAUUUCCUCCAACAACCUUAAAAGUAUGUGCCCUCAUUAGCUAUUUCCCUGCCUUGGUUGUCUGCUCUAUCUAUGACUCUUGUAUACCACUAUCAGUCGCUUCAUCUUCCUUUGCUUCAAAGAGGAAACCCCCUAGCUCAAUCAACCUAUCCUCAUAAGACGUGCUCUCCAAUCCAGGCAGCGUCCUGGUAAUUCUCUGCUCCCUCUCUAAAAGUUUCCACAUUAAGUAGAGAGCAUGACUUGGGUGGUGGGGAUCUCUGAUAAUGGAUGCUGCUUUCCUACAACAGCAUUUAUACAUAAACUUAAAAAGCGUAUUCCUCUCCAUAGAUGCUGCCUGACCUGCUGAGUUCCUCCAGCAUUUUGGUUGUGUUACUCUGGAUUUCCAGCAUCUGCAGAAUUUCUCGUGUUUGUAAUCUGAAGGGAAGGGGGAUAAACGGGAAGGGUAAUUUUCAGGUGUUGAUUCUCGCAACAUCCAGUCAUAGCGGGUGUUUCUGGAGACAUUUGCAAGUUUCCUAUUUGCUUUUGACUGAAAUUCAGUAAAUUGCUUGUUGGCCUUGAUACCGUUUCAUGUUGGCAAGGGAAGCAAAUGGGAUGGAAAGCCUUCAAUGGAGUCAUUCAAUGAAGCAUACCAGCAUAGGAUUCUGCAGGCUGACUUGAUGCAAGUCUGUUGUUUGCAAUUAAGUACAUACUUGUAUAACUGUGAAGGAGUGAACACAAGAUUCUGGAAAUCCAGCGUAACACGAACAAAAUGCUGGGAUAACUCAGUAGGUCAGGCAGCGUUCAUGGAAAGGAACGACAAGUUGAUGUUUCGGUCAAGACCCUUCAUCAGAUAAUGUUUGAAAACUGCUUGGCAAGAGGUCCGAAGCACUAAUAUCUACUCAGCUCUACACCUGGGAAAGAUCAGUUAAACUCUCAUAAGCAAUUCAAAGAAUAUGCCAAGAUGCUAAUUUAAUUUGUGUUUUAUGCUUGGCAAGUACAAAUAAACACACCCCUAAUGACUUUGUCUCCAAUUAAAUGACCAAAAAAAAAAUCUAAGGAUAAGAACCUGAGUUAAUAACCUUCUAAAACAGGGUUCCUGACCUGGGGUCAGUUAAUGAUAGGGGUCCAUGGAAUAAAAACUUUGGGAACUCCUGUUCUAAACUGAAGCAGGUGGAGUUUUGCAUUCAUAAACUUCAAAUAAGAAGAUAAGGAAUUUGAACUUGGAUCUGAAAUGAUUUUAUAUUUAUAUAGUCAUAGAGAAGUACAACACAAACAGGCUCUUCAGCCCAUUUAAACUGCAUACUCCCUGAUAUUCUGUUUGCGUGUGAUGAGGUUGGAGAAAAACACCUUGUAUUCCGUUUGGGUAGACUCCGACCUGAUGGCAUAAACACUUCCGGUAAUGCCCCCCCUUCACUAUUUCCCUCUCUCACACAUAUCUUGCCUGCCCAUCACCUCCCUCUGGUGCUUAUCCCCCCCUUUUUCUUUCUUCCACGGCCUUCUGUCUUUCAACAAUCAACUUCCCAGCUCUUUAUUUCAUCCCUCCUCCUCCUGUUUCACCGAUCAUCUGGUGUUUCUCUCUUCCCCUCUCCCCACAAACUCCUCACUUUAUUUUCUCUAGUCCUGCUGAAGAGUUUUGGCCCGAACCAUCGACUGUACUCUUUUCCCGAGAUGAUGCCUGGCAUGCUGAGUUCCUCCAGCAUUUUGUGUGUGUUGCUCAGAUUUCGAGCACCUGCAGAUUUUUUCUUGUUUGUCAGGGGAAAACUCUUCUCUUUCGCUCUUGCAAGCUUAACCUUCUACACUCAGUGGCUACUUUAUUAGGUACAGGACUGGAACCUGGCGUGGUCUGCUGCAGCAACUUCAUUGUUUGCUUGUUUUUAUUUAUUUAUGUAUGUGUGCUGUGUUGGCGCGUGGCCAAGUGGUUAAGGCCUUCCUCUAGUGAUCUGAAGGUCGCUAGUUCGAGCCUUGGCUGAGGCAGUGUUUGUGUCCUUGAGCAAGGCACUUAACCACACAUUGCUCUCUGAUGACACCCAUGCCAGGCUGUAUGGGUCCCAAUGCCCUUCCCUUGGACAACAUCGGUGUCGUGGAGAGGGGAGACUUGCAGCAUGGGCAACUGCUGGUCUUCCAUACAACCUUGCCCAGGCCUGCGCCCUGGAAACCUUCCAAGGUGCAAAUCCAUGGUCUCAUGAGACUAACAGAUGCCUAUAAUAAUAAUAAAAUAUAUAAUGCAGUGCGGGGUAGACCCUUGGGCCCUUCAGGCUGAUUUUAUCCUAGCCUAAUUCUGGGAUAAGUUACAAUGACCAAUUAACCUACCGACUGAGCACUCAGGGUAAGUGUACUCUGUCACUGGUUAAAACAGUUAAAGUCUGUCACAAGGCUCAUCAGGCCGGUGCUUAUGCCCGUUUCUGUGGCGUGAAGCAACUGAGAGUACGAGACUCCCCCCCCCCCCCCCAGAUAGGAUGCCAGUCUAUCGUGAGGUUAACCCCCAGGAAUUGAACCUGGGUCACUGGUACUGUAAAGCAUUGUGCUAACCACUAGGCUAUGCUUCUAGGGUGUUCUUCUGCAUGCCACUGUUGUAACGUGUGGUUUGUCACUGUCCUGUCAGCUUGAAAACAGUCUGGCUGUUCUCCUUUUCUCUCUUUCAUUACCAUAACUGCUGCUCACUGUUUUAUUUGUUUCUUGCACCAUUCUCUGUAAACUCUGGAGCAGGGGAUUCUCAAACCAGGGUCCACGGCAUUAAUGAAAAGUUUGGGAACCCCUGCUCCAGAGACUGUUGUGCAUGGAAAUCCCAGGAGAUCAGCAGAUUCUGAAAUACUCAAACCACCCCAUCUGGCACCAAAAAUCAUUCCAUGGUCAAAGUCAUUUCUUCUCCAUUCUGAUGUUUUGUCUGAAUAUAAACUGAACCUCUCAUCUAUGUCUGCAUGCUUUUAUGUGUUCAGUUGCUACUACAUGAUUGGCUGAUUAGAUAUUUGCAUCAACAAGCAGGUAUACCAAAAAAGUAACCACUCAGUAUUUUUAUCCAUCUUGCUUCUGUGUCUGUGACACUGAUUUCAACUUUGUAGUGUGACUGCAAUAUAAUUUUCAGAAUUCCUUACUAAGUUUCUGUUACUAUUUUAUUUGCUUGUGAAUUGAUUCCUCAGGUUAAUCUUAUAGCUCUUCUUAAAUGAUCAUGAACCAUAAUAUAGAGAGUCAAGCUUUGCAGAUGUAGAAUAUAUGCAAGGUAAAAAUAUUGCUGCAAAGAUUUCCCAACAAAAACAAAAACCCUGUAGAUCAGAUGUGUCAUGGAGUUGUUGUGUCUGUUCUGAUUAAAAGAAAACCUCUUCUGCAUGCAGUGAAGUUUGCUUUCUGGUAAGAUGGUGGCGUGUUCAGUCACAAGGCUUCUACCUUCGCCCUGGAGUAAUGCUGUUGAGUU